CUUAUAUAUCGCUAGGAUGAAUUGAACGAAGCACACUUGAAAAUUGAUAACCUCGAACGGGAGCGGGAUGGACAUGAGACCAAGUUCAACGGACAUAAAAAGACAAUGGAAGAACACGCAAGAAUUUACAAAGAAAAGCUGGCUAUCGAGCACGAAAACAAAGUACAUGGACUGGAAUCUGCAAGGAACGAUCUUAAUAGGAGAAUAAGCCUUUUGGAGGAGGAGAUCAAAAAGGAAAAGUCUGUCAAUCAGGAUAAGAGCGGGAAAGUGGCUUCUUUGGAAGCAGAAAUGGGCAGUAAAAUCAAAGAGAUUGUUCAGUUAAAGCAAACGAUGAACCAAAUGCAACAUCAACUCAACAUCUCUUCAUCAGGCCAGCUUAUACAAAACCCUGCCGAAGUGGAAGCAACCAAAAAAGGCAAAAGUCCAAUUCCAAAUCAGAAUCCAGCAAUGCAUAAAACGCCGCAACGAGAGAUCCCGUAUCAAAAACUGUUCUCUGAUGCGAAUAAAAAGGAUGUGCCGGCUAGUGCUACUGAGCAAAUGGAGAUUCCCUCCGGGCGUAAGCAAGAAAACCUCUUUACAGCCCGAGAAAAGUCUCUUGUGGAAAGUUCUCAGGAUCUUAUGCCCGGUCUUCUCGGUCAGAUCGUAAGGAAUAAUAGUCCUUGCGGGUCUGGAAGCAAAACCCCCAGGAAAUCCGCCCAAGUACACAACAUACGUGGGAGCCCUGGAAAAUUUGGGGAAGCUAAUCCAGGUAACAAGAACGCAGGGUACGACCUUGGUUAUCAGGACCGCAAGGACGAUCAGACUCCUUUUCAAGGAGCUCAAGUCGAGUCUAUCAACAAACGGGUCAGUCCGAGUUGUGCGAUCGACCCUCACAUUCCAGGGCUCGAACCAGGUUCCAUUCUACGGGACGAACCACAGAGAUAUCAUAUUAGAAGUUUCGAAGAAUUUAGAAAAGAUACACACUCCACUCCUUUAACAAGCCCGCCCUCCUCUGAUGCCGGCAACGAGCCUUCCAUUUGCGCCGACACGCCCACGCCAGUUACGCGGUCGAAUAGGAGAAAGGAUCUGAAUAUACAAGAUCUCGGCAAUGAUGACCAUACUGAAUUGGAAGAAAAUGAGGAGGCUGCGGAAGAUUCCAUCGCAUCUAAAGACUUGAGAGAGUGCUACCGGCAGAGGACGUUGUCAACGUUAUCCGACUUCAAGCGUGACAACCCUGAAGCCUGGUCAAGCUCUGGUAAAGCCGCGAAACCGACUACCCCCAAUCCUGCAGCCGUUAGUCCAAUAUCCGCGAACCAGAGGAAACCCAUGAACAAAAGUCAGAAUGGCGGGCGAAAACGGCCAGCAGAAAAUGAGCCAGAGGCUAUAUCCACUCCGAAACGGAAUCGAGGCAGUCCUCAUCCACGUGGUACCCCUCAGUCUACUAGAGGCAAGCCAAAGGACCCGCGAGCCCAGUCGCAAUUGAGCCACUGGGACUCAAAUGUAGUGGCAUCAGGAGUUGCAGCUUCCAACAAUCGGCGUCAGCCAAACAGAGGCAGAGGUGGGAAGAUGUACGGCGGCAAGAGAAAGCAUUAGCUCUUACUUGCAUUUGUUGAAUUGGUAAUUGACAAAUUUUCGCCUCUUUCUCGUAUUUCUCAUCUCAACAUGAAACUGGGACUAUGGUACUAAGAUUUAGCACGUCGAAAUGGUUUCUCUUUUCAUAUUUCGUUUCAAUCUUGGCAUCAAUACUGAUAAUUUCUCCCAAAUUAGCAAAUGUUGGCUCUCUAGAAUUGCUUGUCAAUGGCAC